UCACACACUCUUUCAUCUAUAGAAUUUAAUUCUGUCGAACUUAAACAAAUUUCUUUAAUUAGCUACAUUAAAAAGUGUCAAUCAUUUUCAAAAUUAACUAUUUGUAAUUGUUUCUUCGAAAGUGAAGGUGAUAAAUUUAGUUUGGUAGACCAAAUUCCCCUUAAACAGCUUGUAAUUUAUAAUUCUAUAGCACCUGUUAUUGUGCUGCUUUUUCUCUGCAAUUCAAGUUUAGAAACCUUUAAAAUUAUAGGUCCACAUUGUGGAGAUAAAAUUGAAAAAAUUUUUGAAAUAAUUUUUGAAAGUUGCCCAUAUAUUGUAGAUUUAUCAAUUGGAUUAAUUACAUGUAUUCUAGAUUAUUUAGAAAUUCCUUGGAUUCCAAGCUUGCAAUAUUUGGCACUGUAUCAAAAUCACUUUGCUGUUAAUCUAAUAAGUACAAAAUUAGGUGAUUACUUAGAAAAACUAGCAAAAUCAUUACCAAAGUACAUAAAAGAGAUUAAAAUAUGGAUGGUUUUGCAACCAGAUUAUGAGAAUGAAAUUGUUAUUCCAUAUAAUGCGCAGGUGGUUUCUAAGAGCAUUCAAUUUGAUGAAUUUGGAAAACCAGAAAAAAUUGAAAGCAAAAAUCUUAAAAAUUUAACUAGCUAUAAUACUUCAGUCGAUAUAUUAUUAUAG